CAAGACCAAGAUCUAAGAAAAAACUACCCCUGACACCCUCACAACACACACACACACACACACACAAACUCACCUACCCACACACACCACACACAAGUCUCAUUUUAAUCUCAGUCUCAUUUCGAGGAUCAAUAAGGAGGAUCAAUCAAUCAAUAUCAAUCGAUUCAUUAUGUUUUAAAUAUUUUUUUGGAGUGAUUUAAGUUUGGCAAUGGACGCAGACUUCUUCUUCUAAUCAAACCCAAGGGAUACCAUGUGUAAUGUGCACAAGCUUUAGAAGAAGAAGUUCAUAUAAACAAAUGGUUGUUGUGAUUUGAAAGUGUUUUGAAAUGUGUUUGAAAAUCGGUGUUUGCCCAGCCAGAAUGGCCCAGCACUCGUUUGUCCUGUUUGGCCUGUACCUGCCCACCUAGAAUAUUGCCCAAAUGAAUGCCCAGCAGCCGCUGAUCCUCGAGCCGAAGGCCAGUAGUGUUGUUGCCCCAUCUGCUGCCGCAGAGGUGGUCAAGAAAGCAGAGGAAGCGGAGGGCACGGAAGCGGCGGCAUCGGCGGACUCCUAUCCGCCGCAGCUCCUGAACGGCGGGCACGAUGAGCAGCGGGUCAAUGGCAAUCACGGCUGCCGGCUGGACGACCCGGAUCAGCCGGAUCGACAGGAUGACACCGCCACCAACAAGCUGACCAUUAUCAAGACGCCGCUAAACAAAACGCUGCUCAAGAAGUGCAACAGCAAUGGCAGCCUGCAGCUGCCACACAGCAACAAUGGCAGCAACAGCAGCAGCAGCAACAUCAACAACAGCCGCACCAACAAUAACAACAACAGCAGCAGCAGCAAUAAUAACAACAACAGCACGGUCAGCGGCGACAUCGACAGCGCCUGCGAUUCCGGUUUGCAAAGCGGAAAUAGCAAUGAACAAGAACCAUUUGCCAACGAUCGCCAUCAUCACAUUCACCACCACCACCAUCACUAUCAUCAUCAUCAUGGCGGUGAUAAAGGCGGAGAGGUGGGCACGGGCGAUGUUGCAUCUUCAUCGUCUACGGAUUUGACCCAGGUCAAGGAAGAGCCAACUACUGCACAGGAAAAUGACAAUCAUCUAAAAUCAGGUGCAGCAGGAGCAGGAGGAGCAGCAGUCACACCUGCAACGGUGGCAACAACACCUGCAACGGUCACUUGCAAUCCCAGCAAGUGCAACAAGUGCAAUUCACACAACAACAACAGCAACUGCAACAAUAACAACAAUACCAUCAACAACAACAACAACAACAACAAUAAUAAUAAUAAUAAUAAUAAUAAUAAUAAUAAUAAUAAUAAUAAUAAUAAUACAAGCAACAAUACCAACAACAACAACAAUAAUCAUUACAACAAUUACAAUAACUAUUAUAAGAAAAAGUCUCGUAUGCCGCCCAUUUGCCGAAUUAUGACACUGAGCCGUGGCCCGUACAGCGAGCUCGAUAAAAUGAGCCUUUUUCAAGACCUCAAACUCAAACGGCGGAAAAUCGAUUCGCGAUGCAGCAGUGACGGCGAGUCCAUAGCGGACACGUCCACCUCGUCGCCGGAUCUGUUGGCGCCCAUGUCGCCGAAGCUCUGCGACAGUGGUUCGGCGGGGGCGGCGUCCUUGACCCUGCCACUGCCCCUCCCCCUGCCGAUGAGCCUGCCGCUGCCCAUGUCGCUGCCUCUACCGCUAACGGCGGCAUCGUCAUCGUCAUCUUCGUCGGCGGUCACCGUUUCUCUGGCAGCGGUUGUGGCAGCGGUGGCUGAAACCGGAGGAGCUGGCGGGACAGCGGUGACAGCCUCCAGAGCGGGACCCUGCGUCGCCACAUCUUCAACGACGGCGGCAGCAGCCACAUCCUCGACCUCCUCACUCUCGUCCUCCUCCUCCUCCACUUCGUCAUCCUCCUGCUCCACGUCAUCCAGCAACUCCUCCGCCUCGCCGACAGCCGGAACCGGAUCCGGAUCAGGAACCGGAGCCUCCUCCACCUGCCCCGCCAGCAGUAGCAGCAACAAGGUUGGUGGCCACAUCAAGCAGGAGCACACCGAGAUCCACUCCUCGAGCAGUGCCAUUUCGGCGGCUGCCGCCUCCACUGUGAUGUCACCGCCGCCCGCAGAGCCGGCGAGAUCCAGUCCAGGACCAACUGGCGCAGAAGUGGGAGGAGCUGGUGGAGCAGGAGCAGCACCUCCUCCAGGAGUGGCAAUCAAUGAACACCAAAACAAUGGCAAUGGUAGCGGCAGCGGAAGCAGUCGCGCCUCGCCCGAUUCGCUGGAGGAGAAGCCCUCGACCACGACGACGACGGGUCGUCCAAUGGUCACGCCCACAAAUGGAGUGCUGUCCUCCGCCUCCUCGGCGGUGGGCACAGCAGGAAUCGGGAUCGGAAUGGGGAUGGGAAUGGGGAUGGGGAUCGGGAUCACCAACACAGGGAGCAGUGUGAUACGCUCCGUGAAGGAGGAACGAUUGCUCAGCGUGUCCAGCAAAAUGCUGGCGUUCCAUCAGCAGCGGGAGCAGGAGACCAAAGCAGCGGCGGCAGCAGCAGCAGCGGCGGCCGGACAUGUAACGGUUCUAGUGACGCCAUCGCGGAUCAAAUCAGAGCCACCGCCGCCAGCCUCACCCUCCUCCACAUCCAGUACACAACGGGAGAGGGAGCGGGAACGAGAACGAGAAAGGGAGCGGGAUCGAGACAGAGAGCGGGACAGGGAUAGAGAGCGAGAGCGCGAGCGGGAACAGUCCAUCAGCUCUUCGCAGCAGCAUCUGAGCCGGCUGUCCGCCAGUCCACCCAUGCCCACCCACAGCCUGGGUGGUGGACCCACCAUCGUCCAGACGCACCAUCUUCACCAGCAACUCACCCAGCCAUUAACUUUGCGCAAGAGUAGCCCGCCCACAGAGCACCUGCUCAGCCAGUCCAUGCAGCACCUCACCCAGCAGCAGCAGCUCCAUCUGCAUCACUUGCUGGGCCAGCAGCAGCAGCAGCAACAGCAGCAACAGGUGUCGCAUCCGCAGCAGCAACAUUCGCCCCACUCUUUGGUGAGGGUGAAGAAGGAGCCGAAUGUGGGUCAGCGUCACUUGUCGCCGCAUCACCCGCAACAGUCGCCACACCUGCAGCACCACCAGCAGCAGCAACAGCAACAACAGCAGCAGCAACAACAGCAGCAGCAGCAUCUACACCAGCAGCAACAGCAGCAACACCACCAGCAACAACAGCAGCAACCGCAAGCACUGGCCCUAAUGCAUCCCGCCUCGCUGGCGCUGAGGAACAGCAACCGGGAUGCCGCCAUCCUGUUCCGGGUGAAGAGCGAGGUGCAUCAGCAGGUGGCCGCCGGACUGCCCCAUCUCAUGCAAUCCGCGGGCGGGGCAGCGGCGGCAGCAGCGGCGGCAGUGGCCGCCCAGCGAAUGGUCUGCUUCAGCAAUGCGCGGAUCAAUGGGGUGAAGCCAGAGGUGAUUGGCGGUCCGCUGGGCAACCUGCGACCCGGCGGCAAUGGAGGUGGCGGCCCCGUGCAGUGCCCCUCGCCGCAUCCCUCCUCCUCCUCGUCAUCCUCGCAACUGUCGCCGCAGACGCCCUCGCAGACGCCGCCCCGCGGCACGCCCACCGUCAUCAUGGGCGAGAGUUGCGGGGUGCGCACCAUGGUGUGGGGCUAUGAGCCACCGCCGCCCUCGGUGGGCCAGCAUCCGCAGCAGCAGCAGCAACAGCAGUCGCCGCACCACCAGUCGCAGCAGCAACAACAGUCGCAGCAACAGCAGCAGCAACAGCAACAGCAGCAACAGCAGCAACAACAGCAGCAACAGCAGCAACAGGCGCUGAGCCAGCAGCAACAUUGCCUAUCCUCGCCCUCGGCGGGAUCACUGACGCCCUCUUCCUCCGGCGGAGGAUCAGUUUCGGGCGGCGGCAACUCCUCGGUCACACCGCAGAACAACGAGGAGGCCGCCCAGCUGCUGCUCUCCCUGGGACAGACGCGCAUCCAGGACAUGAGGUCGCGGCCCCACCCCUUCCGCACCCCGCACGCCCUCAACAUGGAGCGUCUGUGGGCGGGCGACUACUCGCAGCUGCCGCCUGGCCAGCUGCAGGCCCUCAAUCUGAGCGCCCAGCAGCAGCAGUGGGGCAGCAGCAACUCCACGGGUCUGGGCGGAGUGGGCGGCGUGAGUGGCGGCCUUGGCGGACGCGGCCUGGAGGCGCCACACGAGCCCACCGACGAGGACGAGCAGCCGCUCGUGUGCAUGAUCUGCGAGGACAAGGCCACCGGCCUGCACUACGGCAUCAUCACGUGCGAGGGGUGCAAGGGCUUCUUCAAGCGGACGGUGCAGAACCGACGGGUCUACACCUGCGUGGCGGACGGCACCUGCGAGAUAACCAAAGCACAGCGCAACCGUUGUCAGUAUUGUCGAUUUAAGAAGUGCAUCGAGCAGGGCAUGGUGCUGCAAGCCGUUCGCGAGGAUCGAAUGCCGGGCGGUCGCAACAGCGGCGCCGUCUACAACUUGUACAAGGUGAAGUACAAGAAGCACAAGAAGACCAACCAGAAGCAGCAGCAGGCCGCCCAGCAGCAACAGGUCGUCCAACAGCAGCAGCAACAACACCAGCAGCAGCAUCAGCAGCACCAGCAACACCAGCAAUUGCACUCGCCGCUGCAUCACCCGCACCCACACCAGGGUCACCAGUCGCACCACUCGCAGCAGCAGCACCACCCGCAGCUUUCACCGCACCACCUGUUGUCGCCGCAGCAGCAGCAACUGGCCGCCGCAGUGGCGGCCGCUGCGCAGCACCAACAACAGCAGCAGCAGCAACAGCAACAGGCCAAGCUGAUGGAUCUGAAGCCCAUGUUCUUGGGCCCGGUUCUCAAGCCGGAGUUGCUGCAGGUUCCGCCCAUGCAUAGUCCGGCCCAACAGCAACAACAACAGCAGCAGCAGCAGCAGCAGCAGCAACAGGCUUCUCCGCAUCUCUCGAUGGGCUCGCCGCAUCAGCAACAGCAGCAGGAUCGUCACCAGAACCAUCACCAGCAGCCAGGUGGGGGAUCAGGAGGAGGAGGCGGAGGCGGAGGUGCCCAACUUCCACCACACCUGGUCAAUGGAACAAUACUAAAGACGGCCCUGACCAAUCCCAGCGAAAUUGUGCAUCUGCGUCACCGCCUCGACUCGGCGGUGAGUUCGUCCAAGGAUCGGCAGAUCUCGUACGAGCAUGCUUUGGCCAUGAUCCAAACCCUGAUCGAUUGCGAUGCCAUGGAGGACAUUGCCACGUUGCCGCAUUUCAGCGAGUUCCUCGAGGACAAGUCGGAGAUUAGCGAAAAGCUAUGCAACAUUGGGGACUCGAUAGUGCACAAGCUGGUGUCGUGGACAAAGAAGCUGCCCUUCUAUCUGGAAAUCCCCGUGGAGAUUCACACCAAGCUGCUGACCGACAAGUGGCAUGAGAUACUCAUCCUGACCACGGCCGCCUACCAAGCGUUGCAUGGCAAGCGAAGCCGGGCGGCGGGCGAAGGGGGAACGCCGGGCAGCAGGCAUGGUUCGCCGGCAUCAACGCCGCUGGCCACGCCCACCGCCGCCACACCGCUGAGCACCACCACGCCCAUAGCCUCUUCGCCUGCCCAGCCGCUUCACAAGGACGAUCCGGAAUUCGUCAGCGAGGUGAACUCGCAUCUGAGCACCUUGCAAACAUGCCUGACCACGCUGAUGGGCCAGCCCAUAGCCAUGGAGCAGCUGAAGCUGGACGUCGGCCACAUGGUGGACAAGAUGACCCAGAUCACCAUCAUGUUCCGGCGCAUCAAGCUCAAGAUGGAGGAGUACGUGUGCCUGAAGGUCUACAUACUGCUGAACAAAGCAGAAGUGGAACUGGAGAGCAUCCAGGAGCGGUACGUCCAGGUGCUGCGCUCCUACCUGCAGAACUCCUCGCCGCAGAAUCCGCAGGCGAGGCUCAGCGAGCUGCUCUCCCACAUACCCGAGAUCCAGGCUGCGGCCAGUCUGCUGCUCGAGAGCAAGAUGUUCUAUGUGCCCUUCGUGCUCAACUCGGCGAGCAUAAGGUAGCAGAUGCUUGAGCACGGCCUGCUGCCCACCGCCAACCACCAGCUGGCGGCGCCACCGCCAGGUCCUGAUCCGACACCGAUACCGAAUCCGAAUCUGAGUCCGAAUCCGAUUCCAAUACCGAUCCUCCCGGAGCGACAGCAGCAGCAGCAACAGGAGCGGCGCCGCAGCAGGCAGCAGCAACAUCAGUUGCUGCGGGAUCUGCCCAAGAUUAAGAUCGAGAUCGGAGCCCAGCGAAAACUGCAGGUGCAGGAGGAGGAUGAGCAGGAGGAUGAGCAGGAGGAGGAGCCGCAGCGGGAGCGGGAGCGGGAUCAGGAGGAGCAGUCACAAUCCACGUCCAUUUUGAAGACUUCGCUGUUAAGCGGAGCGGCCGCCACAUUGGCCACCUUAACGGCGGCUGCCGAGCAGAUAGCACGCUCCUCGGCCAGCGGCGACACUCCCAGGGAUUAUUCCCACAGCAACAGCAACAACAGCAGCAGCAGCAACAGCAACACUGACACUGCAGCAGCAACAGGGACUUUGGCCAGCGGCAGGACAACAGGCAGCAGCAGCCACAGUUUAGAAGAGAGCAAAAGACUUGAGCAUCAACAGCAACCACAACAGCAGCAGCAACAAUAUACAUCAAUACUACACACGGCCUUAAUGUCACAGCAGCGUUCCAUGUCAGCAGCAGCAAUAGCAACAGCAACAGCCACAACAACAGCGAUUGCAACAACGACGGAGACGACAGCAGCAACAACGUCGCCCACGCCUGCGCAUGUGCUGAAAACAGCUGUGACCUUAGCCAGUCUAAGCGAGAUAGCCACUGCACGCCAACAGCAGCAGCAGCAGCAGCAGCAGCAGUUGCUGGCGCUGCAGCAGCAACAGCAACAGAAACUACCCAGAAGGAUAAUCAACUUUGGCAGCAACCAUACUGUCAAUACUGCCACCAAAGGAUUGGGAGCUGGAGCAGCAGUGGGCAUGGCCACAGCAACGGCAACAGCAACAGCAACAGCAACGGCAACAGCAACACCUGGACGCAAUCGCCAACUGGGCCUGAUUGAGGGUCAAGUGGCGAAUGCCAGGACAGCAGUGCGUCUGCUCAACGGCAACUGUUGCGGCCGAUUGAAGGCAACAGCAGCAACAGGGGCCGGCAGCAACAACACGGUCAACAUUCAAACGCAGACCGACGAUGAGUUGCUGCCGCUGCUAGCCAUGCCCCAAAAACAGCAAGCAGCUCCCACAACAACAACAGCAACAACAGCAACAUCAACAACAGCAGCAACAUCAAUAUCAUUAUCAGCCACACCAUCAUCAUCGUUAUCAUCAACGACUUCAUUAGCAACACGUGCAGCAGCAGCAGCAAUGCAGCAGCAGCAACAACAAUGGACUGCCGGGUCGACGACGCCAGUAACAACAACAGGAGUGAUGAUGACGACGACGACGACACAAUCACAAGCAACAUUAGCACCACAACAACAACAACAACAACAACAACAGCAACGACCACUGCCACAACAACAAUUAAAAACGAAAAUCAACAAAACAAGAACAACAACCACAACAGCACCAACAACACCACACAACAGCAAUAUCAACAUCAACAACUACAACAACUUCAACAAUAACUAUAUGAAUAACAAUAAUAUUAUUGCCGCCACUGCCAGAGCCUCUGCCUCUGCCUCCGCCUCUGCCACAGCCACGACCACUGCCACGCCCCCGCGCCAACGAGCGCCCCCGCGCACGCCCACAGCCACCUCAGCUUCUGUUACUGUAGUUGUGUUCAAAACAAUGUUACCUGAUGACUGAAUUAUUUUAGAAUCGUACACGUAGAGCAUGUUUUAUUAUGAUUAUUCACUAUGAUUACCACUUACAAUUUACGAUUACGAUUUAUGAUUACGAUUUAUGAUUAUGAUUAUGAUUAUGUCUGGAUAUCAUUACCUAUUAACUAUUCAUUAGUUAUGGCUUAUAUCGAUUAUUACUAUUACUAUUGCUACAUGCAUAAUGUAGAGCCUAAUUGAUCUAUCGUGUAUUUUAGUUUGUCUAGUUGUUGGAUCCCUGUACUAUACCCCAUAAAACACACACUCACACCCAUAUUUGAUCCUCAAUCCUUACACACACACAACCAUACUAAGGAACGAUAUGCAUUAUGCAUAUAUGCAUAUGCAAAGUUGAAACAUUUUAAUCAUGUAAUUUUUUUUGUGUUUUUGCUGAGAGGAGAUGGACGAUAAAGUUCGCGGAGUGUUAAAUGAGUAGGUUUAUGAGUAAGUAGCGAGUAUGUAACGAGUAUAUAAUGAGUAUGUAAUGUUUACGUAGCCACAAUGCCACACACAGCUAUAGCAAGCAUUUAGGAUGCGUGCAUAUGUCAGUUAUCUAUUUUUUUUUUUAACUAAAAAUAUAUCUAAAGUAUAGGCUCAUGCACGUAUAUAUAAUAAUUGUGUAACGAGAGAGAAGAAGGAGGAGGAGGAGGAGCAGAAGGAGCAGAAGGAGAGCGAAGUAGGGCGGGAGAUUCAACCACAUAAAGUAUAAAUAGUAGAGUCCAACUAGCUAGUUUAGUGUACAUCCGUUUUGGGGGCAGAGAGAAGUAGAGCAAUUUGUCACUGAGAAGGGGGAAUGGUAGGGUGAGCGGAAAUGGAAACGGAAGUUAGCGCAAAACGGAAACUGGACGGCCAGAUCAAAUUAACACAUCAACCAUUAAAAGAACUUCGCUCGCAACUCUUGCAGAAUUAUACUGUUAGAUACUGUUAGUUAUCGAGCCCAAAACCUAACACCCCAAAACCCCAACCCCCACACACACACACACAACCCCACACACACACACACUAUAUCUAAGUUAAGAACGCAUAAUCACAUACUACACACAUAAAUUACGCAUAGUACAUACAAACAAGAGAAAGUUUAAGAAGAGAAAUGAAUAAGAAAAACAAAAAAAAGAAAGGAUUUUUUUUUUGUGUAAGCCCGAUUACGCAAUUAUAUAUCGUAAUCGUGUUAUCGUCGCAACCCCAAACGCCUAUCGGUAUUGAUGCCCGGAUUUUUAUCAAUAUCGUCGUACUACGUUUUAUUUUGUAAAUGUAUUAAUUUUGUUGAUUUUUUUGCUGUCUGUAUACAUUUUUUUGACAACAUUUUUGAAUAAAUGUAAUUCUUGAAUAUG